AUGUCACAGCAAGAAGCAAUGGAUGGUGCCCUGUCAGUAGACAGCGGUAUCCCCACAUCAGAUCCCUCUUCCUCCGCCUCUCCGACGAAACGUCCACCUUCCGACACUCCCUACUCACCUCGUCCUCGUCUCUUUGAUGGCCUGCCACUACCUGACGGCCCGCAAGCGAGCGACGUACUCACCGAUGCGGACUAUCGAAAGAUGCGGACUCAGGCCUUUAGCGCGAGGAGUAUAUUGCCGCCCUUGUUCGGCUCGGCCGCUAUAGGCCUGAUCUCGCCGAAGCUGUUCAAGACCAAAGCAGCCAACGUCGGUAUAGUCCGAACCGGCAUGUUCACCCUCAGCAUGGCCCUCUCGCUCUCCUACACCACCUUUCAACACCUCUCCUCUACCAUCCACGCCGCCCGACUGAAGGCACAACACCAAGCCCUCCCACGUACAGAUGACGGCCAGGUCAUCCUCCCCGACGGAUCCACGCGGGGCGAUUUGGAUCGGUACGCCCCGCCGCCUGAACUGGUGGGGCAUCAGACAUUGGGGGCAAAGACGGAUGAGAGGGAGAGGGGUGUUACGGCCGAGUUGGCGAGUCUGGGGAGAAAGAAGGAUCGGACGAGGUGGGCGAAGGGGAGGGGGUUGAGUGGGGAGGUAGAGGAGGAAGAGGAGAUGCGGGACACGUUCUUUAGGCCUGGGACGCCAAGACGGGAAGUAUAG